GCUUUCACGAUUGUGAGUUUACGGUGGUGGUGUCAGUCGUGCGGUGCUUCUCGACGGUGUUACGCAAGUUUUCAAUGUAAAAUAAAGAAAGAAAGAAAAAAAAUAACAAUAAUAAUAUAACAAAAUAGAAAACUUUUGUGACGUGUUAUAAAAUUUUAAUUUUAACGGCGUGAAUGAGAUCAAACUUAUUUGAUAAUUAGAUAAAUAGAUAAAUCGAAAUAUAAAUCUCAUAAUAAAUCAAAUCAAAUCAACGUUUAAUAUUUGAACGGAAUAAAUUAUUUCUUGUUGUAUUUUUUUUGUUUUGUUUAUUAUUAUUAUUUAUUAUAUUUGUUGCGAUAAUGAAAUCACGAACUCGCGAUUGAAAAUUAUUAUUAUUAUUAUUAUUAAAAACAAAAGAAGAAGAAGAAGAAUCAAAAGGGGGGUUGAUAGUUUUGUAAUCAGUGAACACCAUGGUGGAUAAAUUGCACGAUUACGAAGGCUUUGCCGGUAGAAUUCACAAUGUUCGGGAUAAAGUCAAAGAGAGAUGGGAUAUUUUUAAAGAAUGGAAAAACAGUGUACCAUUGGAUCAAGGAUUACCAGGUGUUUUGAAUCAUCUUCGUGGUCCUCCCAAAUUGGAAAGAACUUUGGAUGAUUAUGCUCAUAUUUACAGAAAAAAAACACGACGAGAAUUGAUAAGGGUAUCGGCGGCCGUCAUGGGAAUUGAAUUUUCCUACGCAGCUGAGACCGCAUUCGUUUCGCCAACUUUAUUAAAAAUCGGUGUGGAUCAUCAACACAUGACCUUGGUUUGGGCUUUGAGCCCUCUCGUCGGUUUCUUCGUAACCCCAAUCUUGGGUAGCGUAAGCGAUCGUUGCAGAUUAAAAUACGGGAGAAGACGACCGUUCAUACUUUUGUUAGCAAUCGGAGUUUUAAUAGGAUUAAUUUUGGUGCCUAACGGCGAGGACAUGGGAUAUGCGUUCGGUGACAUUCCAUCAUGGAACAAUCAAACGAUCCCAUUAGGUCAUAGAACUACGGCUAAAUUAUCUAAGGAUGAUGAUGAUAAUCCAUUGACGAUUAAACCAUCCUCCCAUUCAUGGGGUAUAUUUUUUACGAUUUUGGGCACGGUUUUACUUGAUUUCGACGCUGAUGCUUGUCAAAGCCCAGCCAGAGCUUAUCUUCUUGACGUUACUAUACCUGAGGACCAUGCCAAAGGAUUAAGUACGUUCACCAUAAUGGCAGGACUUGGUGGUUUUAUGGGAUACGGAUUAGGUGGUAUCAAUUGGGAUGCUACUGCAAUUGGUGUUAUGUUAGGUGGACACCUUCACGCUACUUUCACAUUGAUCACUAUUAUUUUUAUAAUAUGCGUUGCUUGUACUAUCACGAGUUUCAAAGAGAUUCCAUUGGAAGUACUCGAAAGGGAUCAAUAUCAACAAAUUCAGGAAGAAAAGAUCGAAGAAUCCAAGAGAAACGAGUACGAUAAAAUAACUAACGAAGAAUGUACUUCUUACGGAGCUGUUGAUAACGAACAAGACAUUAACGUGAACAAAAAUGAUGAAUUCGUUUUAAAACCACUCCCGGUACAAGAAUCGAUCAAAAGACCUGGUGAAGCACCGAUGAUACCUGAUAUACCCACCACCACCACCACCACCACCACCACCAUCACCAACAACAUUCAAGACCCUAAUCAUAUAACAUACGAUAUGAAUGGUGUUCAAUCUGAUCCUAAAGUUUCAUUGAGAGAAUAUCUUCUUUCUAUUGUUUAUAUGCCUUAUAGUCUUCGAAUGGUUUGUUUGACCAAUCUUUUCUGUUGGAUGUCACACGUAUGCUACUCUUUAUAUUUCACCGAUUUCGUUGGCGAAGCUGUUUACGGUGGUAAUCCUCAGGCUCCCGAUGGCACGAAAGAACGAGAAUUAUACGAAAGUGGUGUUCGUUUUGGAUGUUGGGGAAUGUCAAUGUAUUCUUUAUCUUGUUCAUGUUAUUCGUUGAUCAUUGAAAAAUUAAUAAAACGUUACAAAGCUCGCAAAGUAUACAUUUGUGGACUAUUGUUUUACAGUAUAGGAAUGAUGUUAAUGGCUAUAGUAAAACAUCCAGCUGGUGUGAUAAUAUUUUCUUGGACAGCUGGUGUCAUGUAUUCCACAUUAUUUACAAUGCCUUAUUUGUUAGUUGCACAUUAUCAUGCUUCCUCGACGUUCGAAGUUACGUUCGAAGGAGAAGCUAUACAAAGUGGUACCGUUCGUGGUCUUGGUACUGACAUAGCAAUUGUUUCUUCCAUGGUCUUCUUAGCACAGUUUCUUCUUUCUUGUUGUCUUGGAACUAUAGUUAGUGUAUCUGGUACAACAACAGCUGUUGUAUGCGUUGCAAGCACUUUAGCAGCUUGUGGUGCCAUUUCAGCUACUCAAAUAAUGUACCUGGAUCUUUAAAAAUAAAAUCAAAUAUGAUAACGACAAAAUAAAAAAUAAACAAUAAAAAAGAAAAGAGACGCAAUAAAGCGAACUAUCAAAUCCAAAGGACCAACAAAUAAAAAAUUAAAUAUAUAUAUAUAUAUACUUCAUGAUCAAAAAUGUUUCGUUAACAUAUUCGCAAUAACGUCGCUUAAUUUGUAUAAUAUUUGUCGCGUACUGUACAUUACUAUAGCACAAAACGAUUUUAAAAUGAUCUUGAAACAUAGAGAAGUAUUUUCAAAUUUCAAUUGAAGUAAUUGUUAAAUCGUAAAACAUACUAUAUAUGCUAUAGGAUAGUUAAUCAGAUGCUGCUUUUACGAGAAAGAGAGAAAGAAAAAAAGAGAAAGAGAGAGAGAGAAACGCGAAACGAACUUUUAGAGUUAUUGAAAUAUUUAUAUUUUUAAGAGAUCUUAUAAUAUGAAUAAUUAAAAAUAUAUCUCUUCUCGUAAAUCGAUGGGUUUAUUACUUCGUAUUGCAAAUUUGUAAUGCAGCACGAACCUUCGACGUCAGGGUCUCGCUUAAUUUCUCUAUUUGUCGUUGAACGUACGAAUUGUCGUCUAAUAAACCCUUGUAUAUAUAAAUAAAUAUUAUAAAUAAGUUAAUGUAAAAAAAAAAUUUAUUU